AUGAUCGGCGCAAUAUUGGGCUUUGGUUCUGGUGGCCCAGGUCUUGGCAGCCCUGAAAGCCGGGCUGGGGCAGGCAGGGUUGCACAACCCGUCGAGGCGUUGGUGGUGAUGGGUGACAAGAGGCAUCUCGUCUACAAGUACACGUACCAGAACACUCGCCACUGGUCGACAGAGCGUCGCGUUACACCCACAAUGGGCACCAUGGCUCUCCACCAAUACCUACAGGCCGAGUCCAAGAGAUGGGAGGCUCAGCAGCGCCUCAGCAACCCGUACUACAAGGCUCAAUUGGAGGACAGCUCUUCAACAACAUCAACCUCGGAAGCAGACAUGGACGACUCUCGGUCGGUGUUCUCCCGGCCAGCACUUUCUCGCUGCUCCUCGGCCACGAGCGUAGCUUCUGAAGACCUCGACGACGGGCUCCACAUCUUGCCUCAGCCCAUGCUCGCUGCGGCCGGCCUCCAAGGCAUCACUGUCUAUGCUUCUCUGGAAGACGCCGUUGCACAGAGCAAUGCCACGUUGGCUCUGCAACGAGCUGCAGAGCAGCAGGGCAGAGACAUCGUGGUGCGACGUCUGGUCACGCCUGGCAAGCUCUACGAGAAUGAGGAAGACGACGACGAAAUCAUAGAGUACGACGACGAUGACGAGGAGGCCGCGCUCGCAGAAGGCUUUGCGACUGGCUGA